AUGGAGCCUGCUACCCAGCCCCCUCCAACUCUGACCAACCCUCGGUUCGUUAUUGAGCUGGAAUUCGUCUCAUCGCUCGCCAAUCCCUAUUACCUCUCCCACCUGGCAGUCACCUAUCCGAAUCUCCUGGGAAUCUCCCGCGCGGACGAUGACGACGACGACUCUGCCUCCGCCCCCGACGCGCAGGCAUUCGCGGCGUAUCUCGCCUACCUCUACUCCUACUGGAAGACUCCCGAGUACUCUCAGUUCCUCACCCACCCAGGCCCAACCCUGCGCGCCCUUCGUUUACUACAGGAAGACAACUUCCGCCGCGAUAUCAUUUUGCCUCAAGUGAUUGAAGGAUUGGUGGGCGUUAAUGUUGUUAGCGACGCAGCAAAUGCCGAAGCAGACGAUGCAGCUACCACAGAGAAGCAGGAGGAACAAAAUGGUUCGAAGACCUGA